AGCCUGAAAGAGAGCAGUUUCGCAGUGAAACGAACGACCGGAGAUUCGUGGGGUUGCCCAGCGCUUGAUACGCCACAAAGUCUUGCACGCCAUGGACUCCCACCCAGCUCAAGCGCCGCCGCCGCAGCGCCAGAAGCAGAAGCCCCAAAAAGCCACGGAACCCAUGCCGCGGCUCGGCCUGCACAAAGUCACCCCUCAACCUGUAGAACCGCGCCCGCCGUCGCCACCGCCGCGGCCCAUCUUGUGGAGGGAGGCGCCGAAGUUGUGGAGGGACGAGAAGCCGCCCAAAAAAAAGAAGAAGAAAGAAAACGAAGCGGCGGCGAUCAGCGCCAGGGAGAUGGCGGGCGCGAAGAUCAACCAGAAGGAACUGGCUCACUUAUUACAGUUCUUGCUGUGCCAGCUCCGGUGGCAGGCCGGCAAGAUUGUGGAUGAGAGUUUCGAGGCCUUUGAUAACGAGAUGCGCCGCAUCGAUACUCAGUCUCCAGACGACGUCGCGUCCUGCUCCCAACUCAUGGCGAAGUUCUUGGAUGGGCCGGCUGCUGGAGAUCGGUGGGUGCCCUGGCACACCGUCACCUGCGAGAUGGAGCUCUUCCUCAUGACGAAGCUAAGGACGGCGCCGGAUUUAAAUGACAAAGAAAAGUUCGUGCUGGCGACGGCCUUUUCUGGAAGUAGGUGGUGCCCGCUCUUCCAGAGUGUCGUGUACCCCUACUUUAGUCGGGCGCUCGACACCGAUCAGGUGUAUGAAGGCGAGGAGCGGCGCGGCGCGCGCAUCCUAGAUCCCGAUACAGCCUUUGUGGAGGGCGGCGCGCUCUACGAGAAAGUUGUAGCGUGGCGCGACCGCGGUCUCAAGCUGCACACGAAGGCGUUCAACUCGUACCCGCAGCGCGGCGAGGGCGGCGAGCGCUACCCGGCGUAUAUAUGUAGACGCAUGGCGCACUUCGCGAAGAUCGGCCUCGCGGCGUGGCCGUCUGUGUCGUCGGGCAGGUGCUCCAUGCGGUCCCUCGACGCGUUGUAUAGGGGCUUCGACCGCAUCGGGCCGACGAUGUCCAAGGUCCUCUUGGUGACGAACCACUUGUGGCGGCCCGAGCUCCGCAUCCUCGACGAGAGCUGCGAGGUGGGCGACGGCGCCGACGAGGCGUUCAACUACUUAUUUGGGGCGCGCGGCGGCGGGGACGCCGUCCGGAAACGGCGCCUGAAAGUGCUCUUCGACCACCUCGCGUCGCAGGACGUGGAGCCGCGCCUCGCGCCGAUGGCGGCCUGGGUCGCCGCGCGGACGCGCGCGCGGUUCCCGUCGGUGCCGGCGGGCGCCAUUAGUGACGCGCUCACGAUCUACGACCUCCAGGUGCAGCUCUGCGAGUGGCGGAAGUUCCGCAAGCGGAUCGACAAGAAGCGCACGAUCGCGCGCGGCGUGGUUUUGUAAACAAUGUUGUAUUUUACAUGAGCAGCCGGUCCGCGAGGCCUACUCCG